GGUGCGCUGUGUCCCUCGGACACAGCGGAUCACCGAUCACGGAAAGAGCCGAAGAUGUUGGCUCGGUCAUGUGAUCAGCUGUGUCCAAUCACAGCUGAUCACAUGGGACAUGUACACUGAUCAUCAGGGCACUUAUGAUCAGUGUGCCCUGAUGAUCAGUGUAGCUCCAGCAGUGCCACCUGUCAGUGUCCAGCAGUGCCUUGUGUCAGUGCUCAUCAGUGCCUCGUGCCAGUGCCCAUCAGUGCUACAUCAAUGCCACAUAUCAGUGCCUACCAGUGCACAUCAAUGCCACAUAUCAAUGCCCAUCUGAGUUGCCUUUCAGUGUCACCCAUCAGUGCCACCUAUCAGUGCUGCCAAUCAGUGCCGCCUAUCAGUGCCAUGUAUCAGUGCUGCCUUUCAGUGCCCAUCAGUGAUGCCUGUCAAUGCCCAUCAGUGCCUCCUCAUCAGUGCCCAUCAGUG